AAGCAAAUCAAACUAUUAAUUUCAUUCCUUCUCUCUCAAUUUCAUUGCAUGCACAUAUACAUACAGUUCCUAGAAAGAGAAAGUCAAGAGAGCGAAGAAAACACUCUCGUGAGGAAGCAGAUGCUGUGGUGGAAAUGGGAAAAGUCGGUAAUCGGCGAUUGCCAGUGGUGCAGCAGCAGGCUUCUAGAACCUUCCUCUGCCGGAGAUGUUCGGUGGCUGUUUACAGUCUCAUCAGCUUCAAGUGUGCCGUCGUUUUGACGCUAAGUAUCGCCGCUUUUCUUUCUGCUUUGUUUUGGGUUCUUCCUGUUCGGUAUAGGCAAGCUGGAUUUGAUGCUAAGGACUCCAUCAAGCUUAGGGCAACUGUUCAAGCAUACUUCAGGCUUCAGAAACCAGUUUCAAAGCUUGUACCAUACAUUGCAAGAUUAGAAUAUGACCUCAAUGGAGAGAUAGGUGUUCCUUCUGCGAAGGUUGCUAUCAUGUCGAUGCAUCAAGAAGGCAAAUCCAACUGGACUGAUGUGGUGUUAGGCUUCCUUCCUGAUCCAAUUAAUAGUACAAUAAAUCUAGUUUCCUUAAGUCUGCUGAAGUCAUCCUUGAUAGAUCUUUUUCUUCAACAAUACAAUUUGACAUUGAAUUCCUCCCUUUUUGGAGACCCCUCUUCAUUUGAGAUUUUCAGAGUUGCUGGUGGGAUCACCAUAAUACCUGAGGGAGCUGCGUUGAUCUUGCAGGCACCUCAGGUUCUCUUCAAUUUCACUCUCAGCAGCUCAAUUUAUGAAAUAAAGGAAAAUCUUCUGGAGCUGAAAAGGCAGCUAAAAUUCGGAUUGCAUCUAAUGCCGAAUGAGGUGGUGUACAUACAGUUAACAAACAAGCAUGGGUCGACAAUUGAUUGCCCAGUUACAGUUCAAGCUUCAGUUGUAUCUGAUCUAGCAAUCCUAUCACUGGAGAGAUUGAGACAACUAGCUCGAGUAAUUACUGGCCACGCAGAAAAUCUUGGCCUUGACCAUUCUGUAUUUGGAAAAGUUAAGGAAAUUAGCUUGUCUUCACUUCUAAAUCAUUCACUUCAUGCACCAACUCCAACUCCUUCUCUGUCUCCAUCCUGGUGUUCUUCUCCUGAGCAGAUUUAUGAUACUGGUCCAUCUGCGGAACCCUCUUCUUCACCAACCUAUUCACCCAACUUAGAUCAUUCCAUAGCACCAUGUCCUAACUAUUGUGCUUCCGCACCAUCUGAUGCAAGCCAGCCUCUUCUACCAACUCCACAAAAUCUGCCUUCAUAUUCUUUACCUCCAACCGGUGAUUCACCUAAAUCCUCUGUACCUCAUGGCAGCCCUGACAGGGGUCCUUCUGAUCCACUGAUUCCAUCUCCAAGUUCUUGUUCUGAUCAAAUGCCUCCUAGUGUAUCACCUCUAGGAGGUUCAACGCAUCGGGCCCCACCAAGUCUUUCUCCAUUGCCGGGCUUCACAUAUGAUUAUCAAGGUCUGGAGAAAGCAAGUAGGAAAGAUUUGGUGCUCCUGGAACAUGUUGCGUCGUCUUCGGCAUCGUUUUGGUCAUUACAGUCUACAUUUCAGGCAUCUGAUCAGCUAACAUAUUAUGCACUUUGCAGCAGGCCCUUGGAGGAUUCAAUGGUUCAACUCAAUUGGAAUCCCCAUGUUUCUUCUCCUCAUUUGGAUAUCUUAGACAUUACCUGCAUUCAGAGCACUCUGAAUAGUGUUUCUGGUGUUUUUUGGCUGCUUUCAGUUUUGCUCACUGAGACAGAAGCAGAUAAAACAAUCCCGAAACUGUACAUGGAGUAGUAGAGUGAGGUCAAAGCCAAAAGGAGGUAAGCCCCGCCUUUUGACACCGACAUCAUAUGGAACCGGGCUGGAUGUUUCUUCGGCAAGGGAAUGACUCCGAUGACACAACGGAUCAUGCAAAGAGUGAAGUCUUGUUGUUUCCUUGCAGAUUGCAGAAGGAACAAACUGUAAAAUGCACAGUUUUUUCCUGAACAUCUGCAAGGACGGGUAGGUGAGAUGUGUUAAUAAUGCUUGAGGGGGAAAUAUAUUAGUGAUGAUGUCUGCAAACACAAACAAUUAUUAUUAAAAAAUUAAUUAUGUUAAUGGCAGAGUGUUAUUCUACAAGUCUCUCUCUGGCUUGGGGCAGCCAAAUGCCUGUAAAUUUCUUACAUGAUCAUACACCACAGUUUCUUGAAAAUGAAUUGUGGUAUUGGUCAUAAUGUCAAUCGAAUGAAGGGAGACCAUAUUAUUUCAGGCUAAUGGUUAAUUGAUUACGCCUUACUGAGUGAUA